AUGGCUUCCUCGACAAUAUCCCCCGCGAAUCGCAACAGGGUCCUCAGGGUCUUGUUCAUAUCUCUGCUGCUGGACUUAAUUUCCUUCACCUUCAUCCUCCCCCUCUUCCCCCAGCUCCUCGAAUUCUACCGCAACCUCGACUCCGGCACCUCCAACACGCUCCUGAACAAGAUCCUGCUCGGCCUCAAUGCUUACAAGAACGCCUUCGCCCGCCCCAUCAGCUCGCGCUACGACAUCGUCCUGCUAGGCGGCGCCCUCGGCUCCCUCUUCUCGCUCCUCCAAGCCAUCGCCUCGCCCAUCAUCGGCACGCUGUCCGACAAAUAUGGCCGCCGACGGGCUUUGCUGUGGUCCAUGGUGGGGAAUAUUCUCUCCGUCACGCUGUGGGUCGCCGCGACGGAUUUCCGCACCUUCCUCGCCAGCCGCGUGGUCGGCGGGCUGAGCGAAGGAAACGUGCAGCUGGCCCUGGCAAUCGCGACGGAUAUCAGCGAUGAGAAGCAGCGCGGGGCUACCAUGGCGCUUGUGGGUGUGUGCUUCAGCAUCGCAUUCACGUUCGGGCCGGCUCUGGGCGCGUAUCUUUCUACCAUCACGAGCGUGGCGGCGAACCCGUUCGCGACGGCCGCGGGGUUCAGCCUCGUGCUUAUAGUGACGGAGACGGUAUAUCUGUAUUUCUGCCUCCCGGAGACACUACCUGCUGCUGCCGCCGCUGCUGCCAACAUCCCCACUGUUGCGAAGAGGAGCGACGGCGGGGAAAAGGUAAGGGUGAGGAGAACGAACAGCCAUACUCUCCUCAACUUCACGCACUUCACCUUCGUCCUCUUCUUCAGCGGCAUGGAGUUCUCGCUGCCCUUCAUGACGUACGACCUCUUCUCCUACAGCUCUAAGCAUACCGGCCGUCUCCUUGGCUUCAUCGGACUCGUGGCGUCGAUUCUGCAGGGCAGCGUCACGCGGCGUCUGCACCCCCUACGUGUCGUUCAAUUGGGGGUCCUCAGCUGUACGGCAGCCUUCUUUGCGCUGGCGCGGCUGGAUAGCGAGAGGGGUCUUUAUGGAGCCGCGGCGCUGUUGGCGGUUACGAGCGCGACGGUGGUGACGGGGUUAAACAGCCUGAGCAGCUUUGAGGCGGAGGCGGGAGAGAGGGGAGAGAAGUUGGGGAAUCAUAGGAGUUUUGGCCAAACGGGACGCGCGCUCGGCCCCCUGCUCUUCUGCUCGCUGUAUUGGUGGGCGGGUAGGGAGGUCGCAUAUCUGGUGGGAGGCACGGGGAUGGUAGGGGUUUGCGCGCUGGUUUUGGGUGCGCUGAAGGCGCCGCUGGGAACGGAGAUCAAGAAGGGGAAGCGCAAUGGGGAGGAAACGAAUGAGACAGUCACGGCUGAGAAGCCGGUGAUAAAAGUUCAAUAG